AUGGCUUGCGAUCUUCAGGAUCACCUCACAGCCCCAACGCCUGACCCUGCGACUCAAGAAUGGGUCCUUGACGACAUCAAGACUAGAUGCGUCAUCAUACACAACAUCAGUCACGAUCUGAUUGCCAAGCUAAGGCAAGACGGCUGGACUGUAAACUCCACGGCGAAGGUUACCAUAGAGCGGCUCAAGAAGAUCCUCAUGCACGUUCUGGAAGACUCGAUGCAUGACACGAUGAGACAGUUCUUCAACAUCGAUCUUCGCAAAUUUGGAACCGUCCAACAAUUCACCAAUAAGCUGCAUUGGUGCUGGACGCGACUCGAAGCAGUGCUUGACAAGCCUGACGAGAGGCUCUUCGUCUAUGCAGCUAUGGAAGGCUUCCGUGAAGCCAGACCUGACUGGUACAACAACUGA